AUGUCACCGAAGAAAGCCAAGAAGCGCAAGGUUGCCACUGAUGAUCACCUUACUGUCACGAAAUUGAAAGUGCAUCGUUGCCGUUUUGUGGAUUGGAUGCCAUCGGCCAUUCACGCACUCAGCUUUAACGCCAGCGGUGAUCAGCUCGCGGUAGCACGCGCUACAGGUGACGUGGAAAUUUGGAGCGUGCACAAUAAAUGGCACCUCAAGUACGUCUUAGCCGGAUCGGCUCAAAGCCAGAUUUCAGCUCUGUGCUGGGCUCCAAUUAGUGAUCGGCUCUUCGCGUCAUCGCUAGACGGAUCGCUGUGGGAGCUGGACUUACAGUCUCUUCUUCGAAAGAACGUGACAGAUUCAAACGGUGGUUCUAUUUGGUGUAUGGUCAUUGACAGUGAGUCGCAGCAACUGGCUGUAGGUUGCGAAGAUGGCCGUAUUCGUCUUUUCUCGUUUGCGGGCGGUCAGCUUUACUUCACCAAGAGCUUCCUGACCACAGGCAGCCGUAUCGUAUCGUUGGCCUGGCACUCACAUGCACAUAAAAUAUUUUCGGGUUGUGAAAAAGGUGUAAUUUACUGCUGGAAUGCUGUGACCGGCCGUAACGAGUCAAGGAUUACUCUCGAGACCUUGGCUAAGCAAAAGUUAGUCGUAUGGUCCCUUGUGGUUCUAGACGACCUAACUCUGGUGAGUGGUGACUCAGCUGGUAGCUUAAGCUUUUGGAAUGCACCCACCGGUACCUUACUGCAAAAGUUUUCACAUCUUACGGCCGAUAUUUUGGCAAUCUGUGUGAGUCGAAACAAUGAUACGCUCUUCGCCUCAGGUGUGGACAAUCAAGUCGUCGAGUUUCGUCGCUCAGUGGUCGAGAGUGGGACUGCAACUUGGGCUUACUCUUACAGCCAUCGUGGGCAUAGUCACGAUGUCCGUGCUCUUGCUCUAUCGCAUAAAGCUAAAUCAGUGCUUGUUUCAGGCGGUAUUGAUACGCAACUUGUAUGGUACCGUGGCAACAAAUUUGGUGCUAGCCGUCCAGCCAAAAUUGCGUCGAUGACGUAUCCAAAAUCAAUCGCGUUGGCGAACGAGAAGCGUUUGUUAAUGGUGCAAAAAUCGACGUCAUUGGAAUUCUGGCGUUUAGCCAUACAGUCAGCUGCGACUGGCACUAUCACUCAUCACGAGUUGCUAUUGGAAUUAAACGUAGGCAAAGAUCUAAAUUUGACCUGCUCAGCUUUGGCUAUAAAUGCCAAUUUCGUGGCCUGUUCGAACUCGAAGGAACUGAAACUUUUUAAAUUGAAUGCUGACGAAGAUUAUAAGCCUCAGAAAGUCACGACUCUGCCGAAAAGUGUGCUGGGUCCAGCUCGCGUGUUAGCCUUCUCGCCAGACUCCACCCGUUUGGUCAUUGCAUCGUCUUCGCACAAAUUAUGCGUUUUAGAUUUGGCAAAAAUGGAGAUUUUGAAAACUUUUGAGGUUGCUGGCUUAUCUAAACUGGAAGGUGUCACUUCUCACUUACCGUCUCCAGUUGUUUCGCUAAGUAUCUCCUCUGACGGACAAUGGCUUGCCGCUGGCGAUGCGUCAAACACGAUCGUUGUUUACAAUUUAGAUUCGAUGCAAUUUUACUGCCAACUUCCUUGCCCCAAUGAAAUGCAAACAAGUAUGGCAUUCAACCCUUCGGGUAAAAUCUUGGUCGUCACGCUGGUAUCAAACAGCUUUGUAUGUUACGAUGUGGAGAAGAAGGGUUUGUCUGAGUGGUACCGUAAAAAUACAAAACGCAUUUCAGAGGAGUAUUUGGAAGGUCGUAAUCUCAAGGGCAUGGCAUUUGAUCCAGCCGAUUCAGACUUGCUUUACCUUUAUUCGCAGAUAAGUCUUUAUCAGAUCAAUAUGGGUAAGCAAGUGUCUGCCACGAGUCCACCUAAGAACGUUCAUUGUAGCAUUGGCACGGAGUUAGAUAGCAAAGUUGAUGAUUCCGAGGGCGAGCUCGUGGAGCUUGAGGAUAGUUUUUGCCGCGUGGUGAACCGCUACCGUCCGCUAUCGUUCGUCGACUUUGUUGCGGAGAACGAAAUUGUUGUUGUUGAGACUCCGUGGCUUCAAGUGCUUAGUCGCUUGCCGGGUGCUCUUCAUCGUCAUAAGUAUGGCAAGUAA